UAAAGGCAAAAUAACUGAAAUAAUAAGAGCACAAGUAGAUCUGGAACUUCUUUAAGUCUGUCUAAAUAUCAUGUAGUAAUUGCAAUGUCUUCUGGUCCAUAUCCUUUCCUAGGUGUGCUAGACACUGAUUAAUGUAACAUAAAAAUACUACAUAUUUAUAUAGCUUUUGUAUUGUGGGUGACACUUUCAAAAACGUUUCUAUGCUCCUCUGAUUAUAUAAUGGUAAAUAUUACAAUAUAAUAGCACAACAACAGUGAUCAGCAAUAAUGAUAAGCCUAAUACUCACAACAAAAAUAAUAAGGUCAUAUAGAUCAUAACACAGUUUCGGAGGUAAGAAGUGGAUUAUCCUUCACCUGAAAUGUUUGUCUUUUCAUCCUGAAAUGUGAGGCAAAUGUUGGAUCACAAACAUUAGGAACCACAGUUUCCACAAAUCCCUUCACUCGAUUGGGAUGUUCUCUUUUAUUCUGGACAGCAAGGGCAGUGACUGUAACAUCGAGCGUAUUUUGCAGCAUUAAACACGUAAUUAUACCGAUUUCAUCAGGCUCUGAAAAUUCUUCAAAAAGAACACAAAGAUUGGUCUUCUCAGCUGCCAUAGUUGCAACUCUUGCGUCAUUAGAACAGGGUGUUCAACGCACCACCGUUUCCGUUUAAUAAACGUUUUGCACCGUUGUUUCGGGGCAUGUUCAUCCUUUGAUUCCUCCUCCUCCUUUCCCUUCCUUGCAUCAUUCCCUCGUAUCUAAUGGGGUGGAGCUAAGACACGAGGAAAGGGAAGGAUGAUACACAAAUAAGAAUUGAGAAGAACCCCCAGUCCUCGCCUGUGUGCCGAACUGCGUCCCGGUUGACAUGCUCCCUACUCCCUGAGCAGGGGAAUUCCGUUGAAGUUUACUUGGGGACUGGGGGGACUGGACUGGACUGCGAGGACUGGGGUUUGGGAAACUUUCCCAGAAAAUGAGUUGGCAACACUGAUACUUUGGAGGACGCCUAGACAGUACGUUUUCCUUUACGAGACGAGACGAGAGGAAACGACAAGAAGGCGCGGUUGGCUGUCCACACAAAGCAAAAAAAGGUGAUUCCGAACAUGAGAACUGAAGAGAAUUGCCAGCAGAUGGACUAUUUUUGAGAGUUUGAAGAUUUGUCUGGGAAUGUACAGCUGCUGUUAACAAAACAUAAUUUGUUGUUGUCAGCAUGGCAGUCUACAAAAUCUCAUCUGGAAAUCUCAUGAGGUGGUGUUUUUUCAAUCUGCUGCAUGUGUUUCUAUUAGCAAAUGAAGUGUGUUUGCAGGAGAGUGUUGUGGGUUUUAUUGGAGGAUCUGCUGUUGUACCUUGUUCUUCUAAAAAGCCUCCACUUGCAACUGAAGGCAUAGACGUGCGCUGGAGACACAAGUAUGACCUGAGCGUGUAUGACAUUGUUAAGGGUAAAGUCUUUGUGGAAGGACAGGAUCCACAGUACAAGAACAGAGCUGAAAGCUUCCCUGAGGAGUAUCUGAGAGGAAACUUCUCCAUCAAACUCAACAACCUUCAACUCACCGAUGCAGGAAAAUACAAGUGCUACAUCAUGAUGGAGGAAUCAGUAAUCUGUGUUGAGCUUUUAAUUGAAAAGAGACCAGAAAGACAACUCCCCGGUGAAGGAACAAAACCAAGACCAGAGAUGAUUGUAAUGAUCAUUUCCAUUCUAUGCAUUGGCAUUAUAUUUUCAUUGACUAACUCUGCCACAGUGUCUUUCUAAGGAGUUUUUGUCAUCGUUCACUUCCCAGUUCCUACGACUCGACGUCAUCUGCACUUCUGCGCAGUGGUGCAAAUACCAGCAUGCACUGAAAAUGUAAAAGCUCUCUCUAUUGUAAAGGACCUACUGUGAUGGAGGUAGAAGCCAGUGAUGAGUGCUUGUGUUACAGUAUUGUGAGGUAUACAAAAGCCUGUGAAAAUGUUUUAAUGUGAACCAAUCCCAGGCCUCAUGUGAUAUGCUGUAAAAAGUACAACUUGUAUGUUUCAUUACAAUCGCUAGGACCCAUUUCUUAAUACUUAAGGCACUUUUUCAAAACUCUCCACCAUUUCUCCUAAUAAACAAUUUCAGCUUGGCACAGCAGCUAAUUUCACAUUCAAAUGCACUGAAACUAUGAAAACACUUCUUGUCUUAAAUCAAAUCUUUCUUCCAAAACACUAGCAACGAUCGUCACCCUCGAAUAAAAUAAGGAUCUAAAAACACUAACAACUGGUAGUAUUAUACAAAAUUUUCUUUUGUAACAUUUAUUUAUUGCUGUUUUAUUCAGUUUUCUAUUAUGUUAGGCUUUGAACUCAAGUUUUGAAAAUAAUAUGCGAAUGAGGAAGUUGGCCUGUGGGUUUUUGUCUGAGGAAGAAAGGAAUUCAUGCAAUUUGAAAGAUGUAGUCACUGAAUGCUUUUUGUGCCAAAGCAAUGAUAAAUAAUGCGCUCACUGUGUGAAGAAUUUUGAAAAAGUGACAUAUGUAUUGAGAAAUUGGUCCUAAAUAUUGUAAAAAAAAAAAAAAAAAUAUGUAUGUAAUGUGACCUUAGCAACAUACUGUACUGAUAAUCACCCUAAUAAUACAGGCGCUAAAAUAGAAAUCCACAUGAUUCAGAGUUCAUCAUAAAUGGACUUUCCAGAAACCAGUGCCAGAACUCCUAUAUAGAUGAACGUUACAUCACUCUAAAACAGAAAACAUGUAAUGUGCAUGUACAUUUAUUCAGUUAGCAGAUGCUUUUAUUUGCAAUACAACAAGAGAUUCAUCAUAAAGAGGCAAAUUGGGAAGAUCAUUCCACCGGCAAGGAACAGUGAAUGUAAAUGUUCUGGAAAGUGAUUUUGUGCUUCUCUGUGAUGGUACUAUGAGGAUUCGAUUAUUUACAUAUAUUAGGUUUCAGGAGGGAAUAUGGGCUCGUGAGAGUGAGUAGAAGUAGAAGGUAUGCUGUAUACUGAAUCUGUAUACAAGCAUUAAUGUUGUGAACAUGUUGCGAGUCGCAACAAGAGUGUAUAGAGAUAAAGAGAGGUGUGCCCUGGGGCUCAUUGAACUGAACUAUCCUGCCAAACCGUUUAAUAUAAUCUUAUCUCUUUACCUUUAUAUAUAUAUAUUUAGCUACUUUUAUAUUACUUAUCUUUCUAUAUUUUCUUUGUAUUCAUAUAGAAAUUUAUAUCUAUGCUAUUCUGUCUUCACAAACAAGUUAGAGAUAAAAAAAACAUCUCCAUUUGUCAUUUCUCUCUAUCUUUCUGCUGGCAGAAGAAUGAGUGUUUUGGAUAUAUCACAAUUAUGAUACAAAAGACUUAGGUUUGGUGAGACUUUAUCUAGGAGUAUUAAACUAAGUUUUAUGGUACUUUGCAUGUAUUAUAGUAAAAUUAUAUAUAUAUUUUGAUACUAAGCCAUUUAUUAUAAUUAACUUAGUUAACUAGCUUUUACAGUAGUAACAAACUAAUAAGUGUAUUGCUGUUGUGAUCACGAGUUUCAGGCUGAAUCUGGAUUUCUGUCUGCAAUGCUCAGGAAACAACAUACGCAUUUAGUAUUUUUCUCAGUAUUAUCUCAUCAAUCUCUACUCAUUUAUUUAUUUUUUCUUGAAUGUGUAUGUGAUCGAGAAGUGGUGUCCAAUCACCAGUUUUACUGGUGUUUUCAUGGUGUUAUUCGUUCUAUAAAAUGUGUAUGUAAUUUUAUAUUUCCUGUUUUUAGCAGAGUGGGCGUCUGUAGAGGGAGCACUCAUGUUAGCUAUAUGGAAAUGUUUUUGCACUACACACAAAACAAAUGUUUCAACAUACGUGAGUAAGACUCUCUCUUCACUUGGGUCACAAUCACUGUGCAGUGUUAACACUUCUGUUCUGUACCUCGCUUAUAAAGAGUGACAAAGCUGUGGGCUUUGUGCAAUGUGAUUUUAAAUGUGUUUAAAGUUGUGAUUCAUGCUUAUUUUGUAAGAUGCGUUAUUGCAUUUUUGAUUUAUGCUUUUUAACCAACUGUUUGCUAUUCUGCUAUUAUAUAUAUUCUGUGCAUAUAUAUAUAUAUACUGUAUAUUUACAUUUUGGUUUUAUAAGCGUGCAUUUCCAACAGUGUUUUCCAUCAGUUUAGCAUUGCUUUCCAAAAAAAUCCGUCAUUCAUUCAUUCCAAAGGGAUUAAAGAGAAUUGAAUUUUAAAUUUUGUGCCUAAUGUAGAGUUUUGCAAAAAGUGUGAUAUCAAAUAUUAAGGAAGAACUGUGCCUAAAAUAUUGCAGACUUUGAUUUGGUAGAUGAGUUUCAGGUUUUGCUGAUGAAUCAGGAAAAAAUUUAACACUGUAGCCUAUAUAUAUUUUUGUUGGGACUGUUAUUGAUUGGAGUCGAAGAGGCCUGUUUUAUAAAGUGGUCUCUUAGUUUCUCCAAGUGGUCUUUGGUAUGGCACCUUGACUUUUUACUUAUUAGUAUAAAAUUGUGUACAAAUACUAUUCAACUUGUUGUAAUCGGUAUAAUUGUAUCAAACUAAAUAAACUUAAUAUAUCUCCA